UUAAACCAUUGUUCAAGUCCUUAUUAUGUUGGUAUCAUUGACAACUGGAUACUUAAAUAGUAUCCGAUGCAACUGCAUAAAUCAUUUAAUGUCCAAAAAAUAUAUUUAAUAUUUAACAUAUUUAAUAACGUGUUAUUGAAGAUUUUAUAGCGAUUGAUUCUUUCGAAAAUUUAACUUUUGUUAUAGUUUUAUUUUAUAUGUUAAAUAUAGUACAUUUGAAAUCGUGUGUGUAAUAUGAAUUCAUAUAAUGAUUUUUUUUAUUACUCGGAUAUAUUAGUAGAUGAGAAUUUACUAGGCGAUGUUUAUGUAGGAUUUAGUAAUGCUGAAAAUGACGAAGAAAAAUUUAUGUAUACACUGGAUAUCAUGAAACGAAAUGGAAUGUUUCCCUCUAAACUAGAAAGUUGUAAACAUCGGCUAUCUGACAGUAAUAUUAUUAAUGCACAAGAUAAUCGCGGUUUGGGCAAUGAGCUAUUUAGAUUAAAAGAAUAUUUAAAAUCUUUAAAUUGUUAUACAAAGAGUAUUAUAUUAUCUAAAAAUAAUACUGAAUGUUAUUCUUUUGCUCUAGCUAAUAGAUCUGCUGCUCUCUUUCAUCUUAAAGAAUACCAAUUGUGUUUAAAUGACAUACAUCGAGCUUUACAGUUUAAUUAUCCAACAAAACUAUUUUAUAAAUUAUAUGAGAGAGCUGGUAAUGCUGAACGCUUAUUAGGAAAUAGUGAAAGAGCUAAAAAUAACUAUAAAAAGUGCCUCAAAUUUUUGGAUAAAGCUUCUAUUUCUAAUGAUAUAAAAACAAAAAUAAAAAAAUGCAUUGAAGACAAUUUAGAAAAAUGUGAUGGCCUCAUUGAACAUCAACAUGUUAUUAAUGAACAAAGGACCAAAGAAGAAAUAGUUGGUGGAAAACAUGAUAGUAUUUCUUCAUUAUCGAAGUUUAUAGAAUUGAGAUAUUCAGAUGAUUUUGGUCAAGGAUUGUAUGCUACUUGUAAUAUUAAUCCUGGUGACAUUGUAGCAAUUGAUAAACCUUAUAUAUGUGGAUUUUCUAUGGAUUCUACAUUUAUUUGUUGUUAUAAUAAUUGUAUGAAAAAAUGUUUAGCUGCCAUACCAUGUGCAAAAUGCUCUUUGGCAAUUUAUUGUGAUGAUGAAUGUAUGCAAAAGAGUCAUGAAGAAGAUCAUUUCUUAGAGUGUCCAAUUUUAUAUUAUAUUAAUAAGUUACCUGGGAUUCCAUUAAUUAAUCGGCUAACUGUAAAAUGGUUUACUAAAGAAAUAAUCAAAUUUGGCAUAGAUAAUUAUUGCAAUAAAGUGCGUUCAUUAAAUACUUUUUCAGUAAAUUUAUUAACCAAAGAAUUUGAUAGAAAUGGUUUUUUCAAUUCAAACGAUUUUUGUACAGCUUAUUCAAUGGCAAUAAAUGAUGAUAAAAUAUCUUUAGAUGUCAAAUUUUUCUUCAAUUGUAUAGCUGUUGAAAUACUUAAUUAUAUGUCUUUAGGAGGCUUUGAAAUUUAUGACCAUCACAAAGCUACUGUUGGAGCUUCAUUGGUACAUAUGCUCUGUGUUUUAGAUUUAAACUGUUUCAAAUCACGUAAUUUCAUAAUUCCCUUAUCACCUAAAGAUAGCCUAUUUAAACCUCUUAUGACUGGAACAUUAGAUCCAACUUUUGGAUUAUUCAAUCAUUCCUGUGAUCCUAACAUAUUACUAUGUAAUGGAUAUGAAAACAAAAACAUUGUAUACAAAGCUAUACAACCUAUACCUAAAGGGAAACAAUUAUUUGUUUCUUAUGGAAUUCAUUUUACUACAAAUAAAAAAGAUUAUAGAAAGAAAAUUCUGAAAGAACAAUAUAAAUUUAUUUGCAAGUGUCAACCGUGUGAAGAAAAUUGGCCAAUAGCUCGAUUUACACCCAAUAGAAUUUCAUCAUUAAAUAUUCUUAAUUCAAGUUGUGUUAACGCAAUAACAGACGAAUGUAUCAAAUUUGCAAAAUUUAAAGAAUUUAUCAAGCCUGAAGAUUACAAAUUUCACUUACAAUAUCUUCAAAAUUUUUUAAAAUUAUUGUAUGAAAAUGUUAAGAGGCCUUUUUCUUUGUAUGAAGAAUGUGUUGAAAUGAUAUUGCAGGUUCAUAGAAAUCUAGCUUAGAAUGAAGUAAUCACAUUAAUAAUUAUAAUGAUUUAA